AUGGCUUCCUGUUCUCGAUAUGAUCUUGAAGGUGUUGAUUUCCAUCUUACUAAUCUAAAUCACUUGGAGUACUAUGACGCAAAUAUCUACGCAAACUGUCUGUCCAGUCUGUCUGUCUCUUUUACAUCUGUGAAUCACUCUUCUGUUUACCCCUCUCGAUUUUUUGCCACUUUGAUGUUCAUUUUCCUUUCCCACCCCUUGACUUUCUUCUACUUUGAUGGACCUUCCCUCUUCUACCCCUCGACUUUCUGCUACUUUGAUGCACCUUCCCUCAACCCUUGGACUUUCUGCUACUUUGAUGAACCUUCCUUCUGUGAAGGCCCCUCGGCUUUCUGCUACUUUGAUGAACCUUCCCACUGUAUUUCUGCUACUUUGAUGAACCUUCCUUCUGUGAAGCCCGUUUUCUGCUUCUUUGAUGAACCUUCCCUCUGUGAAGCCCGAUUUAGCUAA